AGUAGACAAAUCGCCUGUCUGUAAACUACACUUAUAGAUGCGUGUCUGAAUAGUUUUAAGUUUUAUUUGAAGCACGUGGUUAAUAGAAAUUGUUAUAUUGAGUGAUUUUAUUACUAAAAAGUUCAAAUAAAUAUUAUAAGUCGAGUAUAAUGUAUAAAAUAGGUAAAAAAGGGAAAAAUCCAACCGCAGUUGAUUUUUGGUUAGACACCCUUGGUUUGUAUAGAAAAAAUGUCGCGUAUGAUGAAACUUGUUUAUUUAGGGCAAUAAGCGAGCAGCUUUUUGAUUGUCAAAUAUACCACGAAAGGGUUAGGAGAGAAUGUCUGUUAUUUGCAAGAGAAAAUUACACAGAUUUCGUAGACGAUGAAUCUACUAGUAAAUUUUUUCAUCAUUUAGAUAAAUUAGAAAAACACAUGGUCGUGUGUGGUGAAAUCGAACUAAAUAUUAUAACUAAAAAAUAUAAAAAAAGUAUUACGGUUUUUGAUGCGACUGAUCAACAGAUUCAUCAUUAUAGUGAAAAUGAGUUUGAUAAAGCGUUUUUAUUGUGUUUGAUGGAUAGGGAUCAUUAUGAUGUGGUUUAUAAGAAGGAACAUAUUGAGGCAGCUGGUUUUUGUCAAUCUAUCGUGUACAAAACGUUAUACGAAAACGUUUUUGGAAUAGCUAAUGUCGACGAAAUUGUCCACAACAUGUUAUACGAUAAAGGUAAUAUUAUAACUCAAGCUGAACUGAUGAUGGAGAAGAAACGUUUAGAAUCCGAAAAUAAGGAACUCACUUUUGAGGAACUCCAAGAAAAAUUCGAUCUAAAAAAUUUAGCACUCAAUAUAGCGCCGUUUCCAUUUAAAAUAGCCAAAGCUUUAGAUCCUAAUAUUUAUAGGAAUAUCGAGUAUGAUUCUUGGGGAGAGAUGAGAAGGGAAUGGCGUUUAGGUGAAUGGUACCACGGGGACAAUAAAUUAAUUUUGGGCACAAAAUGUAUUUACCACGAUAUACGUUUGAACGAAAAAUUCGAUUGUUAUAUCCAAGAGAUGAUUAAAAACGAAAACAUGUGCGUCAUUUAUCUGACUAAAUUAGCCGAAAAACGAACUGUCAAAUAUACAGAUUUAUCCCCCGAAGACGACGCCAAACCGUGGCCGCUACCCUAUAGGUUUUCAAAAAGCGUCGUUAUCAGUCCAAGUACGCCCCCCACGGACAGAAUCCUACCCAAACCAAAAAGGCGCAACAGGGAUAAAAAAAGGACUAAAAGUGAAACUAGUUUGCUGUCUUCAAGUUACGCGGCAAAACAAGACCACCCAGUAGAUAAUAUCGACGCUUAUAUUGGAAUUCCUCUGCAAAUACAGAAUCCUCAUAAUGAUAAUAUCACGUAUUGCACCGACGAAAUGGCAACGGAGCUACAAUUGGAUCAAACAACUCCUAUUUCCCCCAACGAAGUACAAGAAAACCUAACUGACGAUAACUCUCGUUGGUACCAAUGGCAACCCUACAUCCAACCUCAAACAGAUCCGUUCGUUUGGCCUACGAUACCCGGGCAAACUCAAAAUGUGUAUAAUUAUAACGUUAAACCGAUGAUCGCUUCUGCUCCAGUCACCCCGAGCGUUAUUCCCUAUCACGAUCACAAUAAUUAUUCAUAUUACUACAACUACUCUUACCAAACAUACCCCCAAUGGACGUCUCCUUUAUUCGAAUUACAACCACCCCCUCCACCGAGAAACAAAACACAAGAACAAACCAACAACGAAGUGCCCCAAUCCCCCCAACAAGAAUUACCACAAGAAACAAUCCAAAAAAACGAUAUCGCUAACAAUUGCGAUAACAACAAUUUUCGUACAACCGAAACUGUUAACUCCAAUUAUGUCCAACAACCGGAAACGGCGGUUUGUUACACGCAACAUUGCACCACGUGUACACCCGUCGAACCAUACUCGCCGAUGUCGCCUAUGGUGCAAGUACCACAGAUGGGACAAGGAACUUCUAUAUUGUACACUGGAGCACCCCCACCUCCUGCGCAACAGGAAGUGACCGAAGUGUUAUUGCCAACAACGCCAGUUCUAUACACCCCCCCAGUCGAAGUUCCUUACGUGCAAUCCUCUCCUUAUGUUUAUCCCCCAACUCCUCCCCCUUCUUGGCCGUAUACCCAUCAAGGGUUUAUAUUUCCACCCCGAACGUAAUUUCCGAAAUUAUACCUCAAUUUUUGAAUAGUUUGGAAGAAUUCAUUUUGAUUUGUUUCAUUUUUUAAUGGUUUUGUUUGUACAAGGUGAUUACAAUUUUCUGAUGAUAUUACAGAAAUUACUUUUUUUUAAGUACAAUCUGUAUAAAUGUCGAUUUUUCUAGAGUUAUUUUUUUGUUAAUAUUUUACGUUUAUUAGUAAAAAUAUGUGAAUCGUGCUCAUUUUAUUUUGAAAGAAAAAAUUUAUUUAGUUUUUUCAAGACUCAUGUAUGUAUAAAAACGCAAAUAAAAUAAAAUGUUUUUCUAUGUAAAAAUUAUGAUACAAAACUUUCAAUGCACUUUCACGCCACUGAUCUUGUCAUCACGAUAUUACAAUGCUGUCCAAUUUAUAAUAGUCCAGAAAUGUAAGAAAAUGUUAACAUAACCUAAAAAAUAUUAUUACUCAUAACGUUCAUAGAUAUUCGUGAAUUCUUCGGCUGUGACGUCAUAGGGUAUUUGUAUCAAAUUUUUUUUAGUAUUUGUAUACCCCUUGUAUUAUAUAUUACUGCCGUUAAACAAUAAUUCGAUUUUUCAAAAAAACUUCAAAUUUUGUUUCGACUAUUUGAAACAUUAUUUUCGUCGGAUUUUCAUACAGGGUGGACCAAAUUUAUAUUUCGUAAAGAAAAAUGUAGUCAGAUAUUUUUUUAUAAUUUAUGUGAUAUUUAAGUGACAUAAAUAGUAGAAUAUAUUAGUGAUCAUUCCAAAUCACUAUAAUUUUUCGUAAAAAGUGCAUAUUUAAAAAGAAACUUGAAGAGAACUUAAAACUUGGUUCCUAUUUGUUCAUUUUUGAAUUUUUUGUUGUUUGAUUGUUUCUAACUUUAUCAUAACUGUCAAAAUGACAUUUGAUUUCAGUUUCCAAAUCUACGAAUUAAAAAUUUGUUAUUUAUCAUGUAGAUUUUGUGUAAGAAAAGUCACUUCUCAAUUGUUUUUUGUUGUUAUCGUUUUGGACGCACUGUAUAUUUAGGUAUGUGAAAAAAUAUGAAAUUAGUUGUUGAUAUUCCAAUUAUAGGUAAUAUAUUGUGCCUUAAAUAUUUUUUUCAUAUGAAACUAUCAUAAAUAAAAGUCCUAAUUUGUUUUUUAUAAAUAAAAAAAAAUCAUAUUCGAGAACAAAAUAUUCUAUUUAUAUUGAAAUUCCGAUUUUAAUUAAAAAUUGUUUUUUAUAUAAUCAAAAAUGAGCGUUUUAUAAUUAGGGCAUUAUAACUUUUAAAUGUUUCUCAUAUUAUUCGAAAUUUACCGAUAGUUAUCCAAAAUAAAAUAAAUCGUUUUUUUUUAUUUAUUUU